CAGUUGUGCCAAACAGUUUCCUCUCUCUCUCUCUCUCUCUCUCUCUCAGACACACAAACAUAUACACAGAAACUCACCAUUCUCACACCAAAAAGACACGGCUAGCGUUCGUUCCAAAAGAAUGAACCCCUGCUGGGCAUUGAGCUUCCUAAUAUUACUGUUGGCAGAAGAAGCUACAGGCGCCAGCAUUGAGAAAAAGCUAUCAGAGUUGAAAGAAAAGCAUGAAGAAAAAUUUGCCCGUUGUCUUACUGGAUCACCUUCGGCAACGCCCGAGACUUCAGACAAGAAAAGGGAUGGGAGAGUUUUGUAUCCAAUUGGGUACGGAGCAGACCCGACUGGGGGAAAAGACAGCAGUGAUGCUAUUCUGCAAGCCUUGGGUGAUGCUUUCCGGCUGCGAACAGAACGGGAAUUGCUGUCUGGGAUCAGUGACUUCGGCGGCGAGGUGAUUGAUUUGCAAGGUGGAAGCUACAAAAUCAGCAAACCAAUAAGGUUCCCUUCUUCUGGUGGUGGCAAUAUUCUGGUACGAGGAGGGACUUUGCGAGCGUCGGAUACAUUUCCCGGUGAUCGGCAUCUCAUUGAACUGUGGUCAAAGGAUUCUCCACCACCCAACGAGAAGGUCCAAAACGCAGGAUACUACUACGAGGACAUCACCUUCCGGGACAUCCUCUUCGAUUCAAGCAACCGAGGAGGAGGGAUUUUGAUAGUCGAUUCAGCAAGAAUUCGCAUAAACAACUGCUUCUUUCUCCACUUCACAACCCAAGGAAUUCUUGUACAAAGAGGCCAUGAAACCUUCAUAUCAAGCUGCUUUCUCGGACAACGCUCAACAGUCGGCGGCUCGAAAGACGAGAAGCAUUUCGCCGGCACCGCCAUCGAUCUCGAUAGCAACGACAAUGCAGUCACGGACGUUGCAAUUUUCUCAGCAGCAAUCGGCAUUGUUUUAAGAGGCCAGGCAAAUAUACUCACCGGAGUACAUUGUUACAACAAAGCAACCGCUUUUGGCGGGAUUGGAAUCCUAGUAAAACUGGCUGGAUGUUCCCAAACUAGAAUAGAUAAUUGUUACUUGGAUUACACUGCUAUAGUCAUGGAAGACCCAGUACAAGUUCAUGUCACAAACGGAUUCUUCCUCGGAGAUGCUAACGUGGUCUUAAAAUCCGUUAACGGUCAAAUCUCUGGGUUAAAUAUAGUGGAUAACAUGUUUAGCGGGCAAGCAGAUAAAAUGGUUCCAAUUAUUAAGUUACAAGGGAAAUUCUCUGACGUUGAUCAAGUGGUGAUCGACCGGAACAAUGUGAACGGCAUGCGUUUGAAAUCGACCGUCGGAAAAUUGACGGUGGCCGGAAAUGGGACGAAGUGGGUCGCCAAUUUUUCGUCACUGUUGGUGUUUCCCAACCGGAUUAACCAUUUGCAGUACUCAUUUUACACUAAAGGGGAGCGUAAAUUCACAGCGCAUGCAGUGACCCAUGUGUCUAAAAAUGUGGUGGCUGUGGAGAGUGAGAAGGCAGUCAAUGGGGUUGUGUCGAUGAUUGUUGAUCAGUAUAGCAGAAUUGGAGAGAAAAAUUUGCUUGUGUAAACAUUGUAGUUUUGCUACCUUCCUUAUUUU